AUGGCGGACUACACCCAGUUUCACGCCCUGGGCCAUGGCGAGCAGUACGACCCCAACGAUCCGAAUAAAACAUCCGCUCCGGCCUCUCAGCAGUUUAUGCCUCCCGUGGCCCCGAAUCCCUACCAGCAACAACAGCCAUAUGGUGCUCCCCCUUACCAAGAAGGGCAUGCUCCCCAAAUGGGCGGUCCUUCGCCUCCGGCAUUUCACGGCGGCGCUGCUCCGCCUCAGCAGGAUGCAUUGGCUGCACAAAUGGGCGGUAUGAGCCUCGGCGCCGAUGCUCAGGGUACGAUUCGCAAGAAGAAGAAGGAUCGCCACGCCCACCACAUUGUAGAGCCAACAGGCUCAUCGCAGGCCUUUAAUGGCAUGCCAGCCGCUGGCGUUGGUGCUAGCCAGUUCCUCAACAACGCUGGGAGCCCUUCCAUUCCCGCCUUUGGCAACCAGUUCGACAGCCAAGGAGCGCCUCACUCACCAUACGGCGGCGCACCGGCUCCGACACCGCUCGGCGGCGGUCCAAUGAACCCUGCCGGUCCUAUCAACCCCAUCCCAGGAAGCGAUUUUGGCGAUGCUGCCGCUUCUGUCUCGGCAUCUGGUCAGGGCAAGGUUUCUGCCGACGACCUGCCCAGCGUACCCGCGGCUCGUGAUGCCAUCCAGCAGUACUUCCUCAGAAACAUUUAUCCAACCUUUGAGAAGCAUGUUCCGCCGCCUGCCGCAGUUUCCUUUGUCGCCCACGACCAGGGCAACUCCUCGCCAAAGUACGCUCGACUGACAAUGAACAAUGUGCCUGCUACCCCCGACGGCCUGCAGGCUACUGGUCUCCCGCUCGGUCUCCUCCUACAACCUCUAGCUCCUCUCCAGGCCGGCGAAACCGAAAUUCCCGUCCUCGAUUUCGGUGAGGCCGGACCUCCCCGUUGUCGCAGGUGCCGUGCCUACAUCAACCCCUUCAUGAUGUUCCGGUCCGGAGGCAACAAAUUCGUUUGCAACCUCUGCACAUAUCCCAACGACACUCCUCCCGAAUACUUCUGUGCCACGAGCCCUCAAGGCGUUCGCGUCGACCGUGACCAGCGACCGGAGCUUCACCGAGGAACGGUCGAAUUUGUGGUUCCCAAAGAAUACUGGACAAGAGAGCCCGUUGGGCUGCGCUUCCUUUUCCUCAUCGACGUCACACAAGAGUCUUUCAACAAGGGCUUCCUGGAAAGCUUCUGUGAUGGCAUUCAGGCCGCACUCUAUGGCGGUGAGGUUGGCGAAGACGGCGAACCCAAGAGGCGUGUACCCGAAGGAGCCAAGGUCGGCUUCGUCACAUACGACCAAGACAUUCACUUUUACAACAUCAAUCCCGGUCUCGAUCAGGCGCAGAUGCUGAUUAUGCCUGACCUCGAAGAUCCCUUCCUGCCUCUUGGCGAAGGUCUGUUUGUUGACCCCUACGAGUGCAAGUCAACUAUCACGUCGCUUCUCAACCGCCUCCCCGAAAUGUUCUCUACAGUCAAAAACCCAGAGCCAGCCAUGCUUGCAGCACUCAGCUCUGGCUUGGCCGCUCUGGAGGCUACUGGUGGCAAGAUCAUCUGCUCUUGCGCUGCCUUGCCCACUUGGGGUCCUGGCAGGCUGUUCUUGCGCGAUGAUGGCAGUCACCCUGGCGGCGAAUCGGACAAGAAGCUUUAUACUACUGAGCACCCUGGAUGGAAAAAGGUAUCCGAGAAGAUGGCUGCCAACGGUGUUGGUGUUGACUUCUUCCUGGCCGCUCCUUCUGGUGGAUACCUUGACAUUGGCACGAUUGGGCAUGUUGCCGCCACCACCGGUGGUGAAACAUUUUACUACCCCAACUUUAUUGCGCCUCGCGAUAGCCCUAGGAUGUCCACGGAAAUCGCGCAUGCCGUCACGCGUGAGACUGGUUUCCAGGCGCUGAUGAAGGUUCGAUGCUCGAACGGCCUGCAAAUUGCGGCCUACCACGGCAACUUUGUGCAGCACACUUUUGGUGCCGAUCUUGAGAUUGGCGUUAUUGAUGCUGAUAAGGCGCUUGGCGUUUCCUUCUCCUACGAUGGUAAGCUCGACGCCAAGCUCGACGCGCAUUUCCAGUCUGCUCUUCUGUACACGACUGCUUCUGGACAGCGCAGAGUGCGAUGCUCGAACAUUAUUGCUAGUGUCAGUGACACGUCCAAGGAGGCUGGUGUGCGCGAGCAAGGCAUCCGUGCGUGCAUGAAGUUUGUUGACCAAGAUGCUGUCAUUGCCCUGCUCGCCAAGGAAGCAAGCACCAAGCUGUCCACUACCUCGAGCAGCCUCAAGGAUACCCGUAACUGGUUGACGGAGCGAACCAUCGACAUCAUGUCCUGCUACCGCAAACAUUCCGCCCAGCAACACCCUCCUGGGCAGCUGGUUAUGCCAGAGCGACUAAAGGAAUUCUGCAUGUACAUGCUCGGAUUGCUCAAGUGCAGAGCGUACAAGGGCGGCAUUGAGAACACUGACCGAAGAGUGUACGAGAUGCGUCUGGUCCGAUCGAUGGGCGCUCUGGAGCUCAGCCUGUACCUAUACCCGCGCAUGAUUCCUCUACACAAUCUUCAGCCCGAGGACGGCUUUGCUGAUGCGGAGACUGGCCACCUCAAGAUGCCCCCUUGCGCGCGCGCUUCAUUUUCGCGCGUUGAACCCGGUGGUGUCUACCUUGUCGACAAUGGACAGCAGUGCCUGAUUUGGUUCCACUCUCAGACGUCGCCGAAUCUUAUCAGUGAUCUGUUUGGUGAGGGCAAAGACAAUCUGAAGAGCCUGGACGCCUACACAUCGUCUUUGCCCGUGUUGGACACCCACCUGAACGCGCAGGUCCGCAACAUUAUCGAAUUCCUCAAGACCCAGCGGGGCUCCAAAGGAAUGAACAUUCAGCUUGCCAGACAAGGCAUUGACGGAGCCGAGUUUGAGUUUGCACGUCUUCUCGUAGAGGACCGCAACAAUGAGGCUCAGAGCUACGUGGACUGGCUUGUGCACGUUCACAAGGGAGUUCAGCUCGAGUUGAGCGGACAGAGAAAACGGGAGACCGAGGGCGAUUCUGCAGCUAACAGCCUGACCAAUUUUGCCGGUCUCCGUCCGUCGUACUGGUAA